UGAUUAGUUACUGGGAUCAAACAAAAUGAUUAAUAUUAAUAUUAAUAGCAAAUUCCAACAAACAGUAAGUGUUAAACAAAUAAUAACAUGUACUUGUUUCGCAACUCUCUCUUCAUCUCCUCUUCCUCUGGUCUUUUUUUCUUUUGUUGCGACUUUUCUUCUUCUUCUUCCUCAGGAACUUAAGUUUCUGAGUCCAUGAAGAUGCCAGUGGCAUUGGUCUGGCUACUGGCAUUCACUAUUCUACUGAUCAGUGGGGAAGGCAAUAAUGCCAUCUGCAAGGAGAAUUUUAAGUUAGACCCUAGACCUCAUAGUGUUUCGAUCCUCGAGUUUGGAGCGGUUGGUGAUGGGAAGACGCUCAACACUAUUGCUUUCCAGAACGCUGUUUUCUAUCUCAAGUCUUUUGCGGAUAAAGGCGGUGCUCAGCUUUAUGUUCCACCAGGGAAAUGGCUCACCGGAAGCUUCAAUCUCACAAGCCAUCUCACUCUCUUCUUGGAGAAAGGAGCAACAAUUCUUGCAUCACCGGAUCCGUCGCAUUGGGACGUUGUCAGUCCUCUACCGUCCUAUGGUCGCGGAAUUGAACUUCCUGGAAAGCGGUACAGAAGUUUGAUCAAUGGAGACAAUCUAAUAGACGUAGUCAUCACCGGUGAAAAUGGGACAUUUGACGGUCAAGGUGCGGCAUGGUGGGAGUGGCUUGAGUCCGGGUCCUUGAACUAUAGCCGACCUCAUAUCAUCGAAUUCGUCUCCUCUAAACACAUCCUCAUAUCGAAUCUAACCUUCUUAAACGCGCCCGCAAUCAACAUUCACCCUGUUUAUUGCAGUCAGAUUCAUAUCCGCAAAGUUUUGAUCGAAACAUCCGUUGAUUCUCCCCACGUUCUUGGAGUUGCCCCAGAUUCUUCGGACAAUGUUUGUAUCGAGGACUCAACAAUCAACGUUGGCCACGACGCGGUUUCUCUCAAGAGUGGUUGGGACCAAUACGGUAUACACUACGGCCGUCCAACCACCGCUGUUCAUAUUCGGAAUCUCAGAUUAAAGUCUCCCACCGGUGCUGGAAUCUCCUUCGGGAGCGAGAUGUCAGGCGGAGUCUCGGAUGUGACCGUUGAGCGUCUUAACAUACACAGCUCACUCAUAGGUGUAGCCUUCAGAACCACCAGAGGCAGAGGAGGAUACAUCCGUAAUAUCACAAUCUCCGACGUCGAUCUCACAAGCGUUGACACAGCCAUAGUAGCCAACGGACACACCGGGUCACACCCGGAUGAUAAAUUCGACCGGGACGCACUCCCAGUCGUGACACACAUUGUUAUGCGGAAUUUCACCGGAGUUGAUAUAGGAGUAGCCGGGAAUCUCACCGGGAUCGGAGAAUCUCCCUUCACGUCGAUAUGCCUCGCGGAUAUUCAUUUACAAACGCGAUCAGAAGAAUCUUGGAUAUGCUCCAACGUCUCUGGUUUCUCAGACGACGUAUCACCGGAGCCUUGUCAAGAACUCAUGAGUUCUCCUUCGUCUUGCUUCGCCGGUGGUAGCAUAUACGAGGGUGAUGCGACGGCUCAGUCGUAUUACAGUUGGUAAUUAUAGUAAAAUAAAAUGGUGAUGAAGAAGAAGAAGAAGAAAAAGAAGAAGAGAGUGCAUGAGGUUACGAUACGAUUGGAUUUUCGAAUUUUUUUUGUCAAUAAGUUCAUAAAAUUUGUUGUCAGAGAGCGAGAGGAAGAAGAUAAAAAAAGAAAAAUUACGUUUUAAGGUGGUGAGUUUCAAGAACAGAGCGAGCUUUUCUAUUGUAUUAAUGUACAGCUUCCAUUUCUUUCAUUCAUGGUGUAACAAAAUUCAUCUUUUUUUCUUUCUGUGAAGAAGAAAAUAAAAAAUUAUAUGUGAAAUGAUUAGUUAUGUCUUGG